AUGCCCGCCCCCCCCACAGACCCAGCAGCCCCGGCGGACACCCCCGCCCAGCAUCGGCUCGUAAUGGAUGCGCCCCAAGACCUCGAGGAGAAUCCAGAGCAGAUCGAGCUCCUCAGCCUCAGAUACAGGAUGGAGCGCGACCGCAAACGCGUCAAGGUUUACGAACUACGCGAUGCCUCCUGGUUCGACAGGGGAACAGGCUUCUGUCGCGGGGUGGUAGACGACGCGUCCGGCGAGGCCAUCAUUGUCGUGGAGCCCGAAGAGGAUUCGCCAGAGGCCGAGGAAGAUGCAGGAGGGUUUCUGACGCGCGAACUGCUGCUGCAUACAAAAGUCGAGAGGGAUGAUAUCUAUGGAAAGCAACAGGAAACGCUCAUCGUGUGGACUGACCCCGCCACAAGUCUCGACAUCGCCUUGUCAUUCCAAGACGCUGAAGGGUGCGAAGACACAUGGCAAUUCAUUGUCGAGGUACAGAAGCACCUUCUCACGCUUCCAGGUAAUCACUAUGCCAUGGCCGAUCCACGACUUGCUUGGCAGCCCCCAUCCCUGGCAAACAUUAGAGAUCAAGAAUUCUGUCUGAGAGCCCAAGCCAAGUCGGCGGCAGGGAGAGAAAGAGCAAUGGAGCAUAUCCUCAACGAGGAAUACAUCAAGCAGUUGAUAACCGUUCUGGAACAAGCGGAAGACCUGGAGAGCAUUGUCGACCUGCAUGCCCUGUGCUCGCUCAUGCAGACUAUCUUGCUCUUCAACGACAAUGGUAUAUUCGAGUACAUCCUGCAAGACGACAUCUUCCUUGGCGUCAUUGGCAUGCUUGAAUAUGACCCAGAUUUUCCCGACCUCAAAGCCUCCUACCGCCAAUACUUUCAAGAAAACGCCCGUUUUCGCGAAAUCGUCCACAUCCCCGACGCCGUCAUCCGCAACAAGAUUCAUCAAACCUACCGUCUCCUCUUCCUCAAAGACGUUGUUCUCGCCCGCGUCCUCGAUGAUCCCGCAUUCAACAUCCUGAACGGGUUCGUCUUUUUCAACCAAGUCGACAUUGUCAAUUAUCUGCAGGGAAGCGAUACCAUGUUGACCGCCUUGUUUGCGCCGUUUCAAUCUUCACCGCCGGGCCCACCGCCGGCCGAUGGUCAGCCGGGCGAGCCGCUGGACGAAAAGAAGCGAGAUACAGUCAUGUUCCUGCACCAGCUCGUUGGGAUCGGGAAAGCCAUCCAAUUGACGCCACGCAUGGCACUCUAUCGGACGCUGCUCGAACGCGGCAUUCUGCAUGCGGUUGAAUGGGCGUUGCAAAGACCGGAAGCCAAAGUCUUGCACGGCGCAGCCGAGAUCCUGACAUUGAUGGUGGAGCACGACGCGAAUAUGGUCAGGAUGCAUGUGUUCAGGGAAGAGGAGAAGAAGGAAAGGACGUUGAUGGUGGAGAUCAUUGGGCUGCUGCAUACCACCAAGAAUGGAGGGUUGAUGGGGCAGAUGGCGGAUACGCUGCGAACGUUGUUGGAAGUCCCAGCGGAUACAGAGGUGAGUGAUAUAUCUAUAUGUUGGGAUAGGCUAAUGUCCGACGUGCAGUCUUUUAUUGCCAAGAAAGAAGCACCAUUGUCCGACACAUUCAACGUCUACUUUUACGAAUCCUGCGGCGCCCUCCUCUUCAAGCCCCUUCUCGAAUCUUCCGACUUUAAAUCCCAACCAGUUACCAAACUUGCCAGAAAUUACACAACACUACUGCAGAAUCUUACAGAACUCUUGAGCUAUUGUGUCACCACACAUGGGCACAAGAGCUCGUAUUUCAUCCUCUCAAAUCCCAUCUCCAAGAAAGUCGUCGGGUUACUGUACAUCAAAGAUAAGCCUUUGCGGCAUGCUGCGCUACGGUACCUGAAAGCUUGUUUGAGAACACCGAACCAUUUCAUCCAUCGACACUUUGUCAAGAAUGACCUUUUCGAGCCACUCUUGACGUUGAUGGAGGACGAGACAACCAAAGACAAUAUGAUGAGUUCUGCGUGUAUGGAGGUGGUGGAGCAAAUACGAAAGGAUAAUCUGAAAACCAUACUCAACUACCUAUUCGAUUCCUACACAGAUCGUCUUGAAGCUCUAGCUCGCAGGCCGCUCCUUCGCACGUGCCUUGUCGGUCUCAAAGCCCGCUGGGAGAUGAACAAUGAACCUCCUCCUCUACCUCCUGGGCUCAGCCCCAGCGAAUUGGCUGCUUCCGCCAGCAAGACCGAUGUGGGAGAAGGCGACAGCUGGAUCGAGGGAGAAAAGAGGGAAGAAGACUACUUUAAUGGAAGUGACGACGACGAAGGUUCCUCGCCCUCUGGCCCUAGCAAAAGUGAAGAAGGAAGCGUGCCGGCAAAGAGAAAGAGACAUCCGACCACCUCGUCCUCGGGAGGCUCAAAGAAGCGAACUCUGCGAUCUUCAACGUCUUCAUCGAGUCUUGCAAAUUCAUCAACUACAGGGUCAGCAGGCCCUUCCUCCGGUGUACUGGGUCUGGACUAUGACGAUGCCUCUUCUGAUCCCGAAUCGCCUUUCUCUCAGGACCAGGGUGGCGAGGAUGAGGAUGAAGAGCUGGGCACAGAGGACGGUGCGGUUCCGUUGACAACUUCGACGUCAUUACUGGAUCGCACCAUCUCCCGCGCUCAAGCCUUGAGCCCUCCCGAUCAUUCCAAACCGCUCACCACGACCGCCCCUUUCGCCCCCGUCUCGAUUUCUUCGACGGCCAAACCUGAUGAGAAAUCGUCAUCUGCAAAAGAAGAUGAGGGAAUGGAUAUCGGCGAGGUGACCGCCAAAAUGCGGGAAAAACGGCGUAGAGAGGAAGAGGAGGAGGAGGAAGGGUUUGCAGGGCUUGUUGUGGGCAACAAGCCACGGCCUGUGGCUACCGUUGCCGCCCGAGUGUCAAGUGCGAGCGGGGGAGGUACCGUAGGGGCUGGCAAGGGGGAAGAGGGUACCAAUCCGAAUAUGGAAGGGAUAGUGGAAGAAGUUGAUGUGGGAGAUGGGGACAAGGAAGGGAAGGGGAAGAGCCGAAAGGGAGUGAAAGAGAUGGGCAACAAGAUACGACUAAUCACCCAGAAGUUUGGCGGAAAGUAG